AGAUUUGAAGACUGCUCCAGUUCAAUUACUUAAGACUUCACUUGACUUUAUGCAUUUUUCAUACUUCAAAUCUUUACUAGUAUUUUAAUUCACACUUUUAUUUGUCCCGCUUCCACCACAUCCAAUUGGUGUGAUACAUAUUUUGGAAUGUGCAGCUCAUAAGAGUUUAAAGAAACCUCAAAAUGUGUGAUCAUGAUCAUUCAUCAGCAUCAAGCAAUCCCAGUGUACACCAGACUUUUGAUGAAUUAGAAUUUGAUAGAAGCUUGGGCAACGCUGCGUUGUGUGGAGAGGUUGAUAAAGUUGUAGAACACCUACGCAAAGGGACCAAUGUGAAUUCUCUUGAUGCUGGAGGGUAUGCACCAAUCCACUAUGCUGCAAGGCAAGGCCAUAUCAACAUUGCAAGGUUGUUGCUAAGCCAUGGAGGAGACGUCAACAUUCAAACAAGAUCUGGUAGAGCAACAGCUCUUCUGCGAGCAGCCUUCUCUGGAAAAAAAGAAAUGUGUCAGUUUCUCAUAGAAAAAGGAGCUGAUGUCAAAGCAGUUGAUGAUGAUGGACAAACAGUUCUUCACAGAGCAGUGAAAUCAGGUCAUUUGCCCCUAGUAAACUAUAUUCUUGAAAUUGCACCAGAACUCAAAACUCAAGCAGAUAAGAGAGGACUUGUACCAAUGAUUGGAGACUUGUAAACGCCUCAGAAUCUUUACUUACUUUGUUUUUAAAGCUCACAAAUAAUACUAAUGAUUCAGUGAAUUUCAAUUUACCAUAAACUUAAAGAAAGCAAAAUAGUUUCCCUUUUAUUUUCAUAAAUGGUAAUAGAGAAUAGGACUGAUAUGUCAGAGUGUAGAAUGGUGCUGAAUUCAUAUUCAUUAGUUUAAUUCAAUUUUUUAGGGACAAAAAUUAUUUGCAUGAAAUUUGGGAAAGUGGAAACUUGACUUUCAAAGUGAUUUACUUUUCCACUUUUGCAGCCCAAUCAGCCGGCAGCCGGCUUUCACUCUCAUUGCUUAUCGUCUUUGGCAUAUUUUGUAUCUUCUAAAAUGCUUAAGCACCAAUUUUCACUCAUGUAGUUAAUUUAGUUAAGUGCCAUGUUUGAACAGUAUUUGUUGUAUAUUUUUAUUGGUCUGAAUUGUUUUUGUUAUUUUCAUUACUGAAAAACUUUGUUUUCUUUUCCCCCUGUUUUUACCACCUAUGUUUAAUUUAUUUGAUCUUAGUGCCAUUCCUUAUCUGCAUUUGCAAUUCAUUCAUACAAUUCAAUUAAUCAUAUCUCCAAUGGAUUUUUGUUAUGCUUCCAUAUUAAGUGGCAGGCAAAUAAUGAUAAUUAUUAUUCCAUUUAUUGCAAUUGUAUCACAAUUAUUGAAAAAAUAAGAAGCCUUUAUACAUUUUGAAUUGUUACUAACAGUUGAAUCAUAUGUAAUUGUCCAAUGAUGCUACACUUUUGGUGUUUAUUUUUUUUCUCCUGUUGCUUAAUCUUGAGCUUGAGAGACUGUUUCCUACACUGUAAAUUAUAUGUAUACUUUUACAUCACAUUCUGUAAGGUCCAUAUAUAUAUAUAUCAGAAACCUAUCACAAUAUCUCUAGCUUAAGCACAAUUUUGCCUUCUCCAUGUUAAUAUACGUGGUAGCUCAUUCGGUUCAGCUGAUGAUGUGAAGACAUUAAAUCCUACACACAAUGAUA